AUGACCACGUCUCAAGCUCUGAUGUCAAUGAACGACGUGUUGAUGACUCCCGCCGAGACCUCACUUUCCAUCAUUGAUCAACUCAAACUGGCUCGUGAUAUGGUGAGCGCGGUUCUCAAGUUCUACUCGACACCGUGGCUGAGGGAGUACUUCACGCUUCGAGACCUCUCUUUCUUCCAGAUGAGCGGGGACUUUUCCAGGUGCCUUCGGACCCUCCAUCUAGGCUUUGACUUUGUCCAGUCAUCGGCCGCAAGCUUACCACGGAGCAUGGAGGGGAUAGAGGUGACGGCCAUGCCGGACAACAGUGACGGCGGCCGUAACGAAGUAGAGACCGCCGCCGAGCGCGCAAAGUUGGAGUAUGGAAUACGCAGCCUGACGCUUUGGAGUCUCGGUAUUACUCUGCUUCAGAUCGGACGGUGGUCAAGCCUAGAAGCCCCGGAAGACGUCCUCAGCGUUCGGAGGCUAUCGCGGCAGGUCCCGACUUUGGGCCCGAAGUAUAGGGACCUUACCAGGAAGUGUCUGGAGUGUGACUUCGGGUUCGGCGACGACUUGUUGAAGCCGCGCUUGCAGCAGGCUGUGUACGAGAGCGUGGUUUGCGAGUUGAGCGACAUGAUCAAGACCCUCAAUGUCAGCGAUGAUUGA